UGGUCUGUUCCUGACAAGCAACACCUUCAAUGUCACGCUUGCUGUGUGUAAACUUGUUCAGUUUCUGACUGCAAGUGUGUAAAUAAUUAUAUGUAACAUGUAUAAACUCAGUUUUAUGUUAGUUAGUUCAGUAAGUGCUGUAUGUCGACAACUGCCUGCCUCUCUGAAUACGAACGGAAUCUCUCUUGGAAGCAGUGGGCUGCAAAGAACAUUAUGUAGCAGUGCUGUCAGAGAUCAAGAGAGAGCAGCAUCCAAACAGGAUGGGAAGCGCUUCAGCAUUUUCCCUCCCCUGCCUGGUCAGGACAGUGCUCUGAGAUGGGGUGGGAAGAAGUAUGAAGAGUUACCCAUCCUUCACAUUAAAGCCACGUACAACAACACACACAUCCAGCUAACAGACCACGCGGGUCAGACGAUGGUAAGGACGUCCUGCGGCACAGAAGGCUUCAAGAAUAUCAAGAAGUCGACGCCCGUCGCUGCUCAGACUGCAGGCAUCUCUGCUGCAGUGAAAGCCACAGGGAAGGGAGUCACGUUUGUCCGUGUUAUGGUCAAAGGUCUCGGUCCUGGACGUCUGUCUGCAAUCAAAGGCUUGACGAUGGGCGGCCUGGAGGUGGUAUCGAUCACUGACAACACCCCUGUGCCGCACAAUGGAUGCCGCCCUCGCAAAGCCAGAAGGACGUGAUCUCCGAGUGCCAGAGCGCGCGCUGCAACAGGAGAAUGCUGUUGUGUUGUAAUAUGCUAAUAAAGUGUUUUCUUGUGUAA